ACUUGCGCACGUGCGUAGGAUCCUGUGAACAGACCCUCGGAAGGGGCCAACGGCUGCACGGUCAGGCCUACGGCGUCGCCCCACCGCCACGGCGGCGCCAUGUUCCUUCUGCUGGUGCUGCUCGGGGUUUUUUAUGCUGGGCCAAGUUUUCAACAAACCCCACUUCAGAUUACAGUUCCCCGGAAGAUUUGGUCAAAUGCAACUGAAGACUCAGUGGAACAACAUGUGGCCUAUAUAAUUACAAUAGAAGGAAAACCAUAUACUUUACAACUCCAAAAACAAAUAUUUUUACCCCAGGACUUCAUGGUUUAUACAUAUAACAAACAGGGUGUCUUUCAUUCUUCUUCUUCUUCUUCUUCAAAAGUUAUGAUGCAAUGCAAUUACCAUGGAUAUGUUGCAGGUUUUCCAAAUUCACUCGUCACACUCAACACCUGUUCUGGACUCAGGGGAUUGCUCCAGUUUGAAAAUAUCAGUUAUGGAAUUGAACCCUUGGAGUCUACUGCAGGAUUUGAACAUAUUAUUUACCAAAUAAAAAAUGAAAAUAUCAAUGUUCCUCUCUUGGAAGAAAAUGAUACAGAUAUCUGGUAUAAAAACUUACCUUAUAAAUCUCAUAUAGAUUUAGAAGAAAAAAUAAUGGUUUCACACUUAUUACCUCGAUAUCUGGAAAUGCAUGUUAUUGUGGAUAAAGCUUUGUAUGAUCAUAUGGGUUCUGACAUGACAGUUGUAACACAGAAAAUUAUCCAGAUUAUUGGCCUAGUUAAUACUAUGUUUACCCAGCUUAAAAUGACAAUUGUAUUGUCUUCCUUGGAAUUCUGGUCAGAUAAAAACAAAAUUUCUACUAUUGGGGAUGCUAAUGAUUUACUACACAGGUUUUUGGCAUGGAAGCAAAAGUUUCUUGUCCUAAGACCCAAUGACAUGGCAUAUUUACUUGUUUAUAGGAACCGACCUAACUAUAUUGGGGCAACCUUUCCUGGAAAAAUAUGUAAUAAAAGCUAUUCUGCAGGAAUUGCUAUGUAUCCAAAAGCAGUAACACUGGAGACAUUUUCAGUUAUUAUGGUACAGUUGCUUGGCCUUAAUCUGGGAUUGACAUAUGAUGACCUCAACAUGUGUCAUUGUUUAGGAGCAACCUGCAUAAUGAAUCCUGAAGCAGUGCAUUCCAGUGGUAUAAAAGUUUUUAGUAGCUGCAGUCUGAAAGACUUUAAACAUUUCACUUCAAAGAGUGGAGUUGAAUGUCUUCAAAAUCAGCCAUAUGUGACACCAGUUUACAAAGAAGAUGCAGUAUGUGGAGAUGGUUUUGUGGAAGGUGAUGAAGAGUGUGAUUGUGGCCCUAAAGAGGAAUAUCCCAUGUGUAAAUUUAAAAAUUGUUGUGUUAUGGAGACAUGUAAAUUGAAACCAUCAGCAAAAUGUGGUUUUGGACCAUGUUGCUCAAGUAGUUGUCAGUUUUACAAGAGAGGUAAACUAUGUAGGCCUAAAGCAAGUGAAGAAUGUGAUUUUAAUGAUUUUUGCAAUGGAACAUCUCACGAAUGUGUACCUGAUACUUUUGUACAGAAUGGUGAAAGUUGCCGUAAGAAAACUGCCUUUUGUGUUAAUGGACUAUGUGCUAACAUAAACGACCAGUGUAAGGCUAUAUUUGGAUCAGGUUCCAAAGGUGCUUCCUUUGCAUGUUUUGAAGAAAUGAAUGGCAGAAGUGAUAGAUUUGGAAACUGUGGUGUUAAAAAAGAUUCAUUUAAACCCUGUCCAUUUGAGGAUCUCUUGUGUGGAAAAUUAGUUUGUACUUGGCCAAAACGAACAUUGUUCUUCAGAAGUGAUGUAUCUGUGAUUUAUACACGUGUUUAUGAUGAUAUAUGUGUAUCCCUUGCACAUAGGAUUCCAGUGCGACCAGGGCAAAGAGAUUUUACAUUUGUAAAUGAUGGUUCUCCAUGUGGUCCUAAAAUGGUGUGUUCACACUUUACUUGUAGAGAAUCUCGUUUUUUGAUGCAAGAAAGUUGUAAUGCUACUGAAAAAUGUCAUGGAAAAGGACGUUGCAAUAAUUUCAACUCCUGUCAUUGUAAUACUCAUUACUCACCUCCAGAUUGCAAGAGAAUGGCUUUCUUGUCAGGAGGAAGUUAUGAAGAUGGGCAUUUAGCAAGGCCUGAUAAAGUCACUACUCGAAGCUAUAUUGCUACUCGAAAGAACUGGCUUAUUCUAGGCUUCUACAUUUCUCUACCAUUUCUCAUCAUCACUAUCAUUAUUGUUAUAAAAUGGAAUAAAGUGAAAGAAUUAUGCAAUGUAGAAGAAAUGCAAAGUGAAGGAUCUCUAUCAGGGGAAAGCAGCACGUCAUACAGUACAAGCAUACGCCAGACCACUGAUCCUUCUUCCAGCUCAGCUACUGCAACUGCCAUCUGAAAAAGUAACUCUUGUGGAGAAGGUAUCAGCUAUUCUCAUCAACCAUUGAGCAACUUCCACAUACAAAGAAGGCAAGACACCUCAAGGAAAAGAAGAGAAAGCAUAUGCUGGCAAGUCAAACUUACAAAGGAUGAUCUCUAAAUCAGUUAGUAUUAAUUUAUUUGAGUUUGAUUGUAGGAUUGUUUCCAUUCCUUUGGAAAAGCCAAAGUUUAAGCUAAAACCUAAAUUAUCUAUAUAGACUUAGUGAAUAAAUAAAAUUUAAUAGGAUAAGUCACAGUAAGAAAUAUAUCUGUAGGAAUAAUAAUCAUAGGAUUAAGUUAGACAUUAUAGGAUUCUCUACUAAAGGUUAAAUUCUCUUUCCUCUCUUAGUGGAUAAGUUCUCCUUUUUCUUGAAAUAAAGAUUAAGUUCCUCUCUUCUUGUCUCAAUUCCCCUUAAUAGCAGAAAACCUGUUAGUUUACAAGCCUUUUAAACAGUAAUGCUUUUAAUUGCAAAUACUACAGCUACAAGGCAAACAUUUCUAAAGUAAUCUCAGUUUGACAUAUUAAUAGACACAGGUCCUAAUUCAGUAGAAUAUCAGAUUUAAUAGUUGUUCCACCCUAAAUGUGUUCCAUUAAGCUCAACAAGCCCACACUCCAAAUGUUGAGUACAAUAUAAUUGUAUGGAUUUGGGUAAAGUAAUCUCUGACAAAGUAAACUAGGCAGAUGACCUGUUUGUUCAAUUGCUUAUGUUCUUAAUGUCAAUUUUUCUUUUUUCUGUUGUAAAAUCAAGCUAUGUAAAUCACUUUUUUGUCUCUGACCUCUAAGACAGUUGAUCUGAUUUGAUUGCAAAUGCUAGCUUUCCAAAUAAAUCAUUAU